ACGACAUCUGGCGGCAGUGGAAAAACUAGAACGCUCACAAAAAAAAUAAACAGAUAAACAAAUAAACAAGAAAGACAAAACGAAACGCAGCAAAAUAAACCAUGACCUAAAAAAAAAGAAAGGGGGGGAUGAGAAACUGCUGACUGACGGUCGGUGAAACUUUCCCGACAGGACGAAAGAAAAGAUUUAAAAAGACCGGGAAUUUACAGCAUCCAGUGCAUUAAGUUUGCAAAAAGAAAUGCAAGAAAAAUCCAAAUAAGAGCGAAACAGAGAAAAAAUACCUUGACAAGUACCAGGAAGAAAAAGGAGACGAGGAGGAUUAAAAAAAAAAUAAAAGAAAAUAAGAAGUUAAAGAGAACUCCAGAAAAGAAAGGCACAUCACAUAACUGAAAAAAAGCGCCAUAAAAACGAGUGACAUCGAUACAAUUUUCCCAGACAGUAAUAGAAUUCGAGAUUGUGUUUACGGAGGAGGCAGUGACAGUGGUAGUGACAGUGACAGUGUAACAGGCUGGAAGGGAACAGAGGCAAACUGGAUACGGUGCGAGUGAGCGCGUGCGUGCGUGGAUGCGUGAGUGAGAGAGUGCCAGGACGCGAUGAGUGAAGAGCCUCGAGGGUUGGUGUUCCCAGAGGUGAGCUGAGUGGCAACCUGACGCCCUACACACGGGUGGGUGCCUCAAGAUGGCUCUCUUCACGGAGCUGCUAGCCUGCGUUAUCCUCGUCUUCCCGUCCUUACCCCACUCCUCCCUCCAGUCCGAUGUGGCCGUCAACCUGGGCUGGAACUGGGAGAUGUGGUGGACCUACGACGGUAUAUCAGGUCCUGAGUUCUGGGGCGUGAUCAACCCGGCGUGGGCUAUGUGCUCGGAGGGGCGGCGCCAGUCCCCAAUCAACCUGGAUCCGCGCACCCUCCUGCAUGACCCCAACCUGACGCCUCUCUCCUUCGACAAGACACAGGUCCAGGGCAGCCUCGUCAACACAGGCCACAGUCUGGAAUGGAGAGUCAAACCGUCAUCCGGGCCGCGGGUCAACCUGUCAGGAGGACCUCUCUCCUACACCUACUCCGUCAGCCACCUGCGUCUUCACUUCGGCGAGCGGGACCUGCAGGGCUCGGAACAUACCAUUGCCAACUACGCCUUUCCUGCCGAAUUGCAGAUCUACGGCUACAACGCCCAGCUUUACCGCAACUUCACCCAGGCGGCCACUCAAGUCUACGGCGUGGUGGCUCUUGCCGUCUUAGUGCAGGUGGGAGAGACCCCGUCACCUGCCCUGGCCAGCCUUCUGCAGGGGCUUUCCGCUGUCCACUUUGGCGGAUCCUCCUCACCCUCACAUGAGCUACGGCUGAGCGACCUGUUACCCACCACCGAUCAGUACCUCACCUAUGACGGCUCCCUCACCGUCCCUGGUUGCUACGAGACGGUUACCUGGAUUAUUCCGAACAAGCCUCUCUACAUAGCCUUCACUCAGAUGCGCAGCUUACGCAGACUCAAGCAAGGGGCAUCACACUUCCGAAGAAACGCUCCUGUGGCCAAUAACUUCAGGCCCCUUCAGUCCGCGCACCACCGCACCGUCCGUACAAAUAUCGACUUCUCAUCAGACCAACAGGGCAAGAAGUGUUCGGUAUCGGAGCCCAAGUUCCACUACAAAGGUGAGCAAACCACAUCGUUAUGAGCUAAUGACUGGCUACACUCCUGACCUUGAUCCAGCGCGGCUCACCCACCACCGCUUGUCUAUAUGUAAAUAAGAAGUUGGCCUCCUGAUGACUACAUACAUUGCCGGCAUGAAGUUUUCCAGACUAGCCCUUUUAGAGACCCUUACGUACUGUAGCUUACUCCUCUGCGUAGUCGAACAUAUGACCCGUAGGUGAAGUUUUUUGUAAUACGAGUACAGCGUUGAAGAGUGUGUAAACUACAAAAUAGGAUAAAAAUAAUUCAUCUUUAUUGAAA